UCGUGAAUAUUAUACAUACAUUUUCGGUGCGAUUCCAUUCAGUAAUAUGUUCCGGGCAGCCUGGUCCUCUGAGGAGAGGCUGGACGGUAAAACCGUGGUGAUCACCGGAGCCAACACCGGCAUCGGGAAGGAGACAGCCAUCGACCUGUCCAAGAGAGGAGCCAGGGUCAUCAUAGCAUGCCGGGACAUGGAGAAAGCGAAGGCAGCUGUCAAGGAAACUAUCGAGAGCUCUGGAAACGACAACGUCGUCUGCAAAAAGCUUGACCUGUCAGACACCAAGUCCAUCAGGGAAUUUGCUGAAGGCAUCAAUCAAGAUGAGGCGAAACUCAACAUCCUCAUCAACAACGCCGGCGUGAUGAUGUGUCCUUAUGGGAAAACCGCCGAUGGCUUUGAGAUGCAGAUUGGCGUCAAUCACUUUGGUCAUUUUCUGCUCACGUACUUGCUGCUCGACCUGAUUAAGAAGUCCACCCCGGCCCGGAUCGUCACCGUGUCGUCGAUUGGUCACACCUGGGGCUCCAUCCACUUGGAUGACAUCAACAGCGAGAAGAACUACGACAAGAACAAGGCCUACUAUCAGAGCAAGCUGGCCAACGUCCUCUUCACCCGCUCACUGGCUAAACGCCUGGAAGGCACCGGAGUGACGACCUAUUCCCUCCAUCCUGGCUUCGUUCAGACUGAUUUGGGCCGCCACCUCAGCAGCCCUAUGCGGUGCUUCAUGAAGGUGGUCAGUCCUUUCAUCAAAAACUCUGUGCAGGGAGCUCAGACAACAAUUUACUGCGCUGUGGAGCCAAAGCUGGCCAAUGAGACCGGUGGAUACUACAGUGACUGUGCUCCUACCAGCCCCUCCCGGAAAGCCAAAAGCGACGAGCUGGCGCAGAAGUUAUGGGACCUGAGCUGCAAUAUGCUCUCCAUCACAUGGGAUUAAGGCUGUAAAAAC